CUUUACCACUCUCACCAUGUUUCGUCGUAUCUCACUCGUUUUCCUUGUUGUCACCCUUGCCUCUUUCUUCAUCGCUCAGCCAGUCGAUGCUGCAAAGGGUCCAAAGAUCACAAACAAGCUCUAUUUCGACAUCAAGCACGGCGACAAGGACCUCGGAAGGAUUACGCUAGGUCUCUAUGGAGGAACUGUCCCAAAAACCGCCGAGAACUUCCGUGCUCUCACUACCGGCAAGAAGAAGGAUGGCACGGAGUUGGGCUUUGGCUACAAGGGUUCCAAAUUCCACCGUGUCAUCAAGGACUUCAUGAUUCAGGGUGGUGACUUUACUAGAGGUGAUGGAACCGGAGGCAAGUCUAUCUACGGCGAUCGUUUCGCUGAUGAGAACUUCAAACUUCGCCACACCGCACCCGGUAUGUUGUCAAUGGCCAACGCUGGGAAAGACACCAACGGUUCUCAAUUUUUCAUAACCACCGUCGUCACUAGCUGGUUGGAUGGAAAACACGUCGUGUUUGGCAAAAUUCUUGAUGGAAUGGACAUCGUGACUGCUAUUGAAAACGUGCCAAAAGGCGCCAGUGACCGCCCCGUGGAGGACGUCGUCAUUGCUGACUGUGGAGAGCUUGAAUUGGAUGUUGACGAAAAUGGCAACCAGGUACCUAUCCACGCUGAGCUUUAAUUUACCUUCUGUGAAGUAAAAUCCCGUACCAAUAAACUGGUCUACCUGUGAACAGGACGAGAUAGUUACAUCAUCUCAAUCCCAAUCUUCCUCAACCGAUUCCGCUGCUUCUACUUCUGCUGUCUCUUCCAGCGAUGCUACGAUGGUGCCCAAUGAAGCGGAGUCAUACUUUUUCAGCAAAGUCUUUUUUGGACUCAUUUUCAUCGGUGCCGUUGGCGCAGCUUUUGCUUACUUUGGUGGAUUUCGAAAAGUCCGGGAAGUCGUGGCCAGAAGAGGUUACUAUAGAAGAGUGGACAUGGAUGACGUCGAAAAGAUGUCCUGAGCUGACAUUGUACUCCAUAUUCGCCGACGAUACACUUAUGCUCCUUAAUCAGUACUUAACCAGUCUUACACCGACG